AUGUCUUGCACUCAGAAAUUUCCCAACCAUUUGAUUAAUUUAAUCAAGACUUCAAAAUAUGUGCAUUUAGCAACAUGUUCAAAGGAUUGUGUACCAUCGGUAUCUUUGAUGAAUUACACAUAUGUUCCAGCCGACAAGAGUUAUAAUCAUAAAGAAGGUCAAACCGAUGAUUACAUUAUAUUUGCUACCUGUGCUAAUACUGAAAAAUAUGAAAACAUCUUGGCUAAUCCAGCCGUUUCGUUGUUAUUUCAUGAUUGGAUUACUGCUAAUAAUUUAUCAGUAAGGAAAAAUAGUUUAUCACAAUCUGCUACUCCAGAUCCAACCACUUUACCAACUUCGACUAAGGGUUCUCAUCCAAGUAAAUUACUAAACUUGUUACAAGAGUUGAACCAAGCUGAAUUAAAUGAAAUGAGUGCAACUUUAAAGGGUAGAGCUGAAUUAAUUGCUCCAUCCACCGAAGAAUCUGCUUAUUACAAGAAACUAUUAUUGAGAACCAAUCCAGAUGCCGAUGUGUUUAUCUUAGGUGACAAUACUUAUGUCGUAAAAGUGAAAAUCGUUAGUGCUAAGGUUACUGACAGUGAAAAUAAUACUACAAUUUACAAUUAA